AUGGCGGACUACCACUUCGUGUACAAGGACGUGGAGGGGGCGACCACGCAGUGGGACGACAUCCAGCGCAAACUCGGGAACCUGCCCGAGAAGCCGGAGCCCUUCAAGCCGCCGCCCUUCGCCCCCAGGGUCGACGCCGACGAGCAGCCCAAGUCCAAGGAGUGGCUCGACGCGCGCGACCCCGACGAGCUCGAGGAGCUCGAGGACGAACUCGACGAUGACCGCUUCCUCGAGCAGUACAGGAUGGAGGUAAUUCGUGUGAUUUCCACAGAAAUCUGGAGGAUGAGGCUUGCAGAGCUCAAGGAGGCAGCAAAAACUGCCAGAUUCGGCACAGUACAGCCCAUCACAGGCUCUGAUUUUGUGCGUGAGGUUUCGCAGGCUCCACCGGAUGUCUGGGUUGUGGUCUUCCUCUACAAGGAUGCGAUACCAGAAUGUGGGCUGCUUGAGACUUGCCUGGAGGAACUGGCAACAAAAUAUGCAGAAACCAAGUUUGUUAAAAUUAUUUCCACGGACUGUAUUCCCAACUACCCAGAUAGGAAUGUUCCUACAAUACUGGUGUACAACAACAGUGCUGUCAAAGGGACUUAUGUUGGUCUACAGAAAUUCGGUGGAAAGAAAUGCACACCUGAAUCUGUUGCAUUGGCGCUUUGCCAUUCAGACCCAGUACUGAAUGAUGGACAAGGUGGUGGCGAUUCAUCCCGUAACAAUGUCAUGGAAGGCGUUCGCAGGAAGUUCAUAGAAAAGGUUGUCUCCCAGCUUGAAACACGAGAAGACGAAGAUGAUAGCGACUAA